UCGUUGCGUGAACGAAGAAUCUUCUAUAUUGUACUCUCUUUGACUGAUUCACUCUUGAAUUGUCGAUAUUAUAUUGGACUGAAUUCAACUCCACAAAUUUGAAUAAGCCGCUAUGUUUAUUACAGUCAAGUUUGGAGCAGAUUGUGAAGAAGCCUUGUUCAAUGCUAACUGUCAAAUUAUUCAUCUUCUUGAAGACAUCAAAAGAAGAUGCAGAUGCACACAGGAAGAUCUAGUUGAUUUGUCUGAUAUUCAUGGUUCUGUGAGGUGCUUGAUUGACAACCAGAAGUCAAACGCCAGUGACUUCCUCAAGGAGAGAGAAACAUUCAUACUCGUCAAAGUGGAAAAAUUAGAAGGGAACGACCGACCAACAUACACACCUUUACUUAAGGAUAAGGACUACAUAACCGGCGACUUUCUGGAAAGUCUGUCAAGAAUUCCGAGCCUUGGCAGUUUAGAGCUCAAUGGACGUCAAUCAAAGCAUGGCAGACAAGGUAGCAAGAAUAAAAUGUCCAGACCUCUACUUACAGUAAAUACAUCAGGCAGUGUAUCAUCGGGUGGUUUGAAAAACCCUACCACGAAACAGAGAAGAGCUAGUCAUGCUAAAAGAUGAUGAUGAUGAUGAUGAUGAUGAUGAUGACAAUGUAACAAGAAUAAAAUGUCCAGGCCCCUACUGACGAUACACACAUCAGGCAGUGUAUCAUCGGGUGGCAUGAAAAACCCUACCACCAAUCAGAGAAGAGCUAGUUAUGCUAAAAGAUGAUGAGGAUGAGGAUGAUGACGAUGAUGAUGAUGACGAUGAUGAUGUAACAAGAAUGAAAUGUCCAGGCCCCUACUGACGAUACAUACAUCAGGCAGUGUAUCAUCGGGUGGUAUGAAAAACCCUACCACCAAUCAGAGAAGAGCUAGUCAUGCUAAAAGAUGAUGAGGAUGAUGAUGAUGACGAUGAUGAUGUAACAAGAAUGAAAUGUCCAGGCCCCUACUGACGAUACACACAUCAGACAGUGUAUCAUCGGGUGGUAUGAAAAACCCUACCACCAAUCAGAGAAGAGCUAGUCAUGCUAAAAGAUGACGAGGACGAGGACGAGGACGAGGACGAGGUCUAUUUGAGUUGAAUUCGGUAAAUUUCUAACGCUAUACCGAAAUGCUACCCUUUAUAUUUGGGGUGUACAGGGCAAAUACUAUGAUCAAACAGUAUGGGAGGGGCUAUUGUUAUCUCUUUCCCACUUUCCCUUCCACACAAUCAUUAUACUAAGGGACCGUUCAUUAUGUAUCGGGGGGAGUGGGUGGGAUAUGGUAAGAAAAUAGCAGACAAAUAUUUUGUUUUUGCCAGCCUCCAUUAGUUUACCCAAUUUGUUUUGGACCCUCUGUUUAUGUCCAACAUUUCGAAUGGCUCUCCUAUAAAAAACUCUUCAAUGAAUUCAAAUGGGAUCCCAUUUUCACAGGGUCACUAAAAUUUCAAGGCCACUCAUUUGCUCACCCUCCCCCUCCCCCCUUCGUUAAAUAACGAAUAAAUAAUAAACGAAGAUCAAGAA